AUUCAGCAAUAUUUAUCUCUUAUAACAAAUCAACAAAUAGUGAUCAGAAAUGUUUAUCAGAGCGAGACGGCCGGCUGGCAGGUAUGGAGGAGUACUAGUACUACAGCUGCUACCACUAGUCCACCAGCAGUUGUACUGCACACGGGGGGCGGUGUACUUCCGGUACUAGCGUACUACACCGCGAGCGGAGGGCGCGAGGCCGCCCGGCGCGGCGCAGGUCAGGUCAGGCAUCUUGGGCAACAGCAACAACCGGGCCUGCUUUUGAGCUCUCUCUCUCUCUCUCCCCCAUCCGUGCUUUGUGCGUGUCUGGUGCGCGUCCACCUAUCGGGGUCACCGGCCGGCUUCUGCUUUCUUGCUACGCCACCGCGCCUCGUCUAUUUAUGCAGUCCCCCGAUCCAUGAAGCCGGGCCACGCCGAGGUCGAGAGUUGUCGACGACGUCUGCCGGUAGUCCUCCCUGCUAGCUCCUCCUUGCCGGCUGCCACGUGAUCUUGGGUUACUCUCGUCUCCGUCGAGAGCCGUGAGCCAUGGCCGCUGAGACUGUUGUCCUCAAGGUUGCUAUGUCAUGCGAGGGUUGCGCCGGGGCGGUCAGAAGAGUGCUCUCCAAGAUGGAAGGAAUUGAGACCUUCGACAUAGACCUCAAGGAGCAGAAGGUGACAGUCAAAGGCAAUGUCAAGCCUGAGGACGUCUUCCAGACGGUUUCCAAGUCGGGGAAGAAGACCUCCUACUGGGAGGGCGAAGCCGUAGCCCCGGACGCUUCGGCUCCAGCAGCAGCAGAAGCAGCUCCCACCACCGCGGCAGAAGCGCCUGCGGAUGCUGCUGCUGCUGCUGCUGUGCCAGAGAUAACCCCAGCCAAAGCUGACGCUUGAUCGACACACUAUUGCUCACAUGUGAUGCUGCGAUUCCUAAACCUUAUAGAAAUAGCUGGGGAAAACGAGUCUUGAUGAGGUUUGCAUCAUGUUGCUGCCGGUCUAGCAAGUGACUAAGAAUAAUGGAAUAAAUGAUAACCCAGUGUGUGUAUGAUUUCCAUUAUGAUGAACACAUCCCCUGCAGGGAUUGUUGUUCAGUAGAUUUUACUUCUACCGUGGCUUUGGAGUUCCCCCAAAACAAUACUUGUUCAAGAACUUCUUCUCUGACAGAAAAUAACAUGAGUGCAGUUCAUGCUUUAUCUUC